AAUAGAUAUCCAUCCCUGGUUGUUGUCACUCCACGUUUUACCUUCGCACUUCUUUUCAAUUGUUUUUAAAUAUUUAAAGUAGAAAAAAUGGGCCGCAAGUUCCAGAAUAAGAAAAAGAAGGCUGCGCCGCAGCUGGAGAUAGUGCCGCUGGAUGAAAACCCACCACUGCCGCCACAGCGAUCCUCAGAUGAUGUGGUGCCCAAGAAGGAAAAGUGGGUGAACAAACAGCGCGUGCUGGUCUUCUCCGCACGCGGUAUUAGCCACCGUGACCGGCACUUAAUGAAGGAUAUUAAGACCCUGAUGCCGCACCAUCGUCCCGAAUCCAAAAUGGAGCGCUCCAAAACCUUGUCGGUGGUCAACGAAAUGUGUGAAAUGAAGCACUGCAAUAAGGCCAUGCUGUUCGAGGGACGCCGGAAAAGGGAUCUGUAUAUGUGGAUAUCCAACACCACGGGAGCCACUGGUCCAUCAGCUAAAUUCCUCAUCGAAAACAUUCACACAAUGGCCGAACUGAAGAUGACGGGCAACUGCUUGCGGGGAUCGCGCCCACUGCUCUCGUUUGACUCCAAAUUCGAUGAGCUGCCGCAUCUUAAGCUGCUCAAGGAGCUGUUCGUGCAGACCUACUCCGUGCCUAACCAUCAUCCCAAGAGCCAGCCCUUCGUGGAUCACGUUUAUACCUUCACCUACCUGGAUAAACGCAUCUGGUUCAGAAACUUCCAGAUUCUGUCCGAGGAUGGUGGCUUGUCCGAAGUCGGACCGCGUUACGUAUUGAAUCCUGUGAAAAUAUUUGAUGGUUCUUUUACUGGCAAAACCAUCUGGGAGAAUCCAGACUACGUGAGUCCAUCCAAACAGCGACAGGUACUCAAGAAGGCCGCCAAGGACAAGUACGUGAAUCGAGUGGAACAAAAGGUCAAGCACGAGGCCACGCGACCGGUCAGAGCUUACGAUGGCGCCGAGAACGAAGAGCUGUUUGAGGACGAUGAUCCCGUGGAGACGGCCAAGAUUCUGGCUGCGAUAGCCAAAAAGAAGAAGGAGGAAGCCGCCAAACAGACACCCAAAUCGGCGCUAACCAAAAAGAUCAAGGAAAAACAACUGCAGGCCGUUAGAGAUGUGAUUGAAAGAAAGAAGGCAAGAACCAUUAAACGCGUGAAAAAGGUUUAAACACCUCAUUUUACAUUAAGAUACAAAAACGAUUAAACUUUAUAAAUACGUUUACAAACUGUGCAUCCUAAGUUUGAAUAUAUCAAUAGACAAGAUUACCAGUUAUUA